UGCCGCCUUCCGCUUUUUUUUUUUUUCUAUAAUAUGACCAUCGGCUUCCUCCUCUCCUUUGCGUCCGUAGCAUACGCACCAUAUCUACUGCGCACAGAGAGAUCCCUCCUCUCGUUCCUCCUCUCUUGAUUGCUACUGAAGAUAUGCAUUCGACGCACCUGCUGCUCGAAGAACCCAUCAGGAUGGCCUCCGUCCUCGAGCCUUCCAAGCCCAGCUUCUUCCCUGCGAUGACGAAGAUCGUCGGGACGCUGGGCCCCAGGUCGCGCUCUGUCGAGAUUAUCUCUGCCUGCCUCAAGGCCGGCAUGUCUGUGGCACGCUUUGAUUUCUCGUGGGGGGGCGUGGAUUAUCACCAGGAAACUCUGGAAUAUCUGAAACUGGCUAUCAAGAGCACCAAAAAGCUGUGCGCUGUCAUGCUAGAUACUGUGGGUCCAGAGUUGCAAGUUGCCAACAAGAGUGAAAAUGCAAUUUCGCUCGAGGAGAAUGCAUUUGUUGUCUUGACUCCUGAUCAGGGACAAGAAGCAUCAUCAAAGUUGUUGCCCAUCAAUUUUACCGGACUAGCAAAGGCAGUAAAGCCAGGAGACACGAUAUUCAUUGGGCAAUACUUGUUCACUGGCAGUGAAACUACUUCUGUUUGGUUGGAGGUGUCCGAAUUGAAUGGUGAUGAUGUGAUUUGCAUGAUUAAGAACACAGCGACUCUCACUGGAUCUCUAUUUACGCUCCAUGCUUCUCAAAUCCACAUUGACUUGCCUACACUUUCUGAUGCUGACAAAGACGUCAUCAGCAAAUGGGGUGUUCGAAAUAAGAUUGACUUUCUUUCAUUAUCUUACACAAGGCAUGCAGAAGAUGUUCGACAGGCACGAGAGUUCCUCUCAAAUUUGGGUGACCUAAAGCAAACUCAGAUAUUUGCAAAAGUUGAAAACAUAGAAGGUUUGACUCAUUUUGAUGAGAUUCUUCAAGAAGCAGAUGGCAUUAUCCUUUCACGAGGGAAUCUGGGGAUUGACCUCCCUCCAGAGAAGGUGUUUUUAUUUCAAAAGGCUGCUCUCUAUAAGUGUAACAUGGCUGGAAAGCCUGCUGUGAUUACUCGGGUUGUGGACAGUAUGACUGACAACCUUAGACCUACUCGUGCAGAGGCAACAGACGUUGCUAAUGCAGUACUUGAUGGUAGUGAUGCAAUCCUUUUAGGCGCUGAGACUCUUCGGGGAUUAUACCCUGUUGAAACUAUUUCAACUGUGGGUAAAAUUUGUGCAGAAGCAGAGAAGGUUUUCAACCAGGAUUUGUACUUUAAGAAAACUGUAAAAUAUGUUGGGGAGCCCAUGUCGCACUUGGAGUCCAUUGCUUCCUCUGCUGUACGUGCUGCUAUUAAAGUAAAGGCCUCUGUCAUUAUUGUGUUCACUUCUUCAGGAAGGACUGCAAGAUUGAUUGCCAAGUACAGGCCUACCAUGCCGGUAUUAUCUGUCGUCAUCCCUCGGCUCAAAACAAACCAGCUUCGCUGGAGUUUCACUGGUGCUUUUGAAGCAAGGCAAUCCCUCAUUGUUAGAGGCCUCUUUCCCAUGCUUGCUGAUCCUCGUCAUCCUGCCGAGUCUACGAGUGCAACCAAUGAAUCAGUUCUGAAGGUUGCUCUUGAUCAUGGUAAGGAAUCUGGGGUGAUUAAGUCACAUGACCGUGUUGUUGUCUGCCAGAAGGUUGGGGAUGCUUCUGUGGUGAAGAUUAUCGAGUUAGAGGACUGAUUAGGUGCUAUACAUGAUUAGAGUUGUAUCUUCAAGAUCUGGAAUACGCUCCACGCAGCAUCGAAGCUCAUUUUGCUCCUAAAUAUUUAAUAUUUAUUAUUUAUUUAGUGCCGUGCUGAUGGAUGGUUUGCUCAAAGUUGGAGCUGUGGUAUUAUAGACAACUGCUCACAAAUUUUGUGACUGGCUGAUGAUUUUUGCCAUAUUAAAGUUUUCUGGUUCUGUUUA